AUGUAUCUCCGCGCCGUCCACGCCGAGGGACAAAUCCCCAUCCUCCAACAAUUCCUCCGCGACAACCCACUAGGCAUCCUGACCACAGCAAUCAAGUCCCCGACCUACCCUUUCAUCCAAUCCAGCCACAUUCCAUUUGUCCUUGACGUCCCCUCGACCGAUGACACAUACCCAAAUGGCAUCCUGCGCGGCCACAUCGCAAAGCAAAACCCACAAGCGAAGGCGCUGAUGGAAGCGCUAGCCGAGCAAAACGCCGGAAAUAACAAGCUCGAGCUCACGGACGAAAUCCUAGUCCUCUUCAACGGCCCGCACCACCACUACGUUACGCCCAAGUUCUACACAGAAACAAAGCCCGUCUCUGGCAAGGUCGUUCCGACGUGGAACUACUCCGCCGUGCAGGCGUACGGCAAGAUCAGCGUGUACUGCAACUCCAAGGCUGAGGAGACGGGCGCGUUCUUGCAGAAGCAGGUUGAGGAUCUGUCGCGGCAGUCUGAAACGGGUAUCAUGGGGUACACGGGGGGCGAUAAGAAGACUGCGUGGAAUGUGUCUGAGGCGCCGGUAAAUUAUGUGGAGCUUUUGAAGAAGAAUAUUAUCGGUAUUGAGAUUCGGAUUGAGCGGUUGCAGGGCAAGUUUAAGAUGAGCCAGGAGAUGAGUGAGGGGGAUAGGGGGGGGUUGUCAAGGGAUUCGAGGAGUUGGGGUCGGAGGUUGGGAAGGGGAUUGCUGAUACUGUGA